AUGGCGGCGCCCGGCGGAGCACUUGCAAGCAGUAAGCUUUCUUCAGAUAUUGUCUACAAUCCAGGCAGCUGGUUCUUAGCUCCUUGUGCAGGCAAUUCACAGGCUUCCAUUGAUGUGCUUGAACUGAAUCAAAGCCUGGUCUCCCUUAAACUUUCCUACAUUCGUGAUAAAGCUGCUGUAAACAUAAGCAACAGUAGGAGAGGAGGAGAAGAACAAGCAACUGGAAUGGAAAGAAGGCCUUUACAGUGGAAGAAGCGCAAGAUUCUUGGGGCAGGAUCGUAUGGGAGGGUUUACUUGGCUUCACCAGCGGACUUUUCUUCACCAUCGCCUCCAUUAGCCGCUGUGAAGUCGGCUGAUAUCAAUCUCUCAGAAACUUUGCAGAAAGAGCGUAUGUUCUUGUACGAAUUGAGGGGCGAGCCAAACAUCAUCCAUUGCUUUGGCAAUGACAUAAGCACGGAAAAAGAUGAAAGAGUUUAUAAUCUUCUUCUGGAGUAUGCGCCGGGUGGCUCCCUUCAUGACUUAAUCAAGAAGAACAAAGGUACUAUACCCGAAUCCCACGUUGCAUGUUACACUUACAUGAUCCUCAAGGGCCUUUAUGCUAUGCUUGAAUGUGAGAUUAUUCAUUGUGAUUUAAAGCCGGGUAACAUCCUUGUUUUCCCUAACGCCGACGACAACAAUGGCAUACACCAACUUAAGAUAGCUGAUUUUGGACUCGCUAAGAAAGAGUGGGACACCGAAUUACAUGAAUGGGGAAGAAUGGGAUACAAUAACCGAUGUACGCCUAUUUAUGCAUCGCCAGAAUCAUUAGCAUGUGGUUGUAAGGCAGCAGGUGAUAUAUGGUCCUUGGGCUGCAUUGUCGUAGAGAUGAUAACUGGCGAACCAGUCUGGUCGUGUCGCACUAUAGGAGAACUGGCAAGUAAAAUUCUGUAUGAGAAACCUAAGAUACCAGAAAACCUUUGUGAGGAGGGAAAAGAUUUCUUGGCGAGAUGUUUUGAAGCAACUGUUCCCAAGAGAUGGACAGCAGAAGAAUUAUUGGAUCAUCCCUUUAUUGUCAAAAACCUGAAGUUCUUAGAUGAUGGAAGUCGUCUUUCCUCUGGUCAAUGUUAUCAGAUGAACCCUUUUGGCUUUGUUGACUCGGUUUCUACCCUUGAUUUGUUUUCAACUUCUUCGUUGGAGCCUCAAUGCAGCCCUUUUGAGUCUUGGUGCCGAGUGACAGACAACGAGACAGAAGAAUCCCGACCUUCCUGUUGUCUUCCCAGUGAAUCAUUCAAGUUGGAGGAGAAAUUAAAAAAUAUCCAUGUGUUCUGA